AUUUAACAGUUUCUUUGGCAAAAUUGUUGCAUCAACUUUCAAAGACGGUACCCCUGCCCUGGUGAUACAUUACCUGCAUUAGUAGUGAAGCAAGGAAUAAUCAACAAAGAUGGGUUUUAUUUUUUGUUUUGUUUUGGCUUGGAAGACUUUGAAUAUUUAACAAAAGUAGACAUUUACUUAGUUUUUAAGUUCUUAAACGUUAAGAUUUGCCUCCGGGGUUUUACUUUGAAAUUCCUUUGAAGCACGUCCGGCCUUGUCCCAGUUCACAUCGCGCGGCUUGACGGAUCCUGAGAAGCCGUGGAAGCACCGCAGAGAAGUGAACUUCAGCAUCCAGCAGAUCAUAAUGUUCAGAAGACAGGAAUCAUACAUUCAAAUGAGUCUGAAAACUGGAUAAAUGCUCCAUGUUACCUUUACUGGAUCAGCACUGCAUAGGAAUUCCUUCCCCAAACAACUGGAUUAUUUGAUGUCACUGCUCUGUAGUUGAUAUUGUUUGCUAUGAAGCAAUCAAGAUUGAGUCAAUAAAGCAAGAAUCAUGAAGCCUGCCACUUACAUCAGGUAGGCAAGUUGACCAAACCACCUUAUGUGAAACCCAGUUAAAGAUUUGCCUUUGAUUCUGUGGCCUGGUUGAGGCAGACGCAAAUCAAGUGUCUACCUGGGGAUUUCCUUCUUGUUUAUGGAGGCCUUGCAUUGUCAGAAAACAACUGGGGAGCAGACUGGAGGUCAAGAACAACAUCAAUCAAAAUCUCUUCAGCAAGGUCUGCGGUGCAAGUCUCCAUUCCAGACAUCUCAACAACAACCAACUGCUUGCCCAAAGUCUCAAUGUACAGCACAGGUGCCCAAGCUGUCCAGAAGACAUAACCCUGAACGUAAACGUCUUAGGCACCAGCGUCAGAGCAUUGCCUCUGAUACAGAGCUGGAACACAAACAAGAGGCAGCAACAGAAGAAGCUACAGUUUCCUGUUCGUCUCUAGGAGGCUUACCUUGUACUCAAGACGCUACUAUCCAGUCUGCAUCAGAAACCCAAGAGGACAAUCCCAAACAGAAACGUGAACGCAAACCUCAGAAACCAGGCAAAUAUGUUUGCACUUACUGUGGCCGUGCAUGUGCAAAGCCCAGUGUUCUACAGAAACAUAUUCGCUCCCAUACAGGCGAAAGACCUUAUCCUUGUGCCCCUUGUGGGUUCUCUUUUAAGACAAAGAGCAACCUGUACAAACACCGCAAAUCACAUACCCACAAGGUAAAGGCAGGCUUGGCAAUUGGGGAGCCAAAAUCUUUAGAAGAGCAGGUCACUGAAUCAGAGGAUGAAACACGACAUCUAUCCUCUGCUUCAGCCCUUACAAGUAGACAAAACAGCGUGGCCUCGGUUAAGAAUCCUGAAGUUGAUGUGGCAAAGGACAGAACUGGACUCAGCAAUGACUCCUUUGCAGUGAAAAAGAGACUGGCCCUUCGUCUAAGUAGAGGGAAACAUUGCUCUCAGGACUCUUCUGAUGAAAAGACCUCCUCUCUCAUUUUAGGUAGCAGAGGCAGUACAGAAUCUGGCUACUUCUCCCGUUCUGAAAGUACAGAGCAACCACAAGACAGUCCCACGAACACAAGUGCCAAAAGCUAUGCGGAGAUCAUCCUUGGUAAAUAUGGACGCCUUGGACAACUACAGAGAAUGUCCCGUCAUCAUGACCAGAAUCUCCCUGGUCAUGAGGAAAAAAACAUCUCAUUCAGUGUCCCCAAAAAGCAAGUCAUUGAUCAUAUCACAAAACUCAUCACUAUCAACGAGGCAGUGGUGGAUACCAGUAAAAUCGACAGUGUAAAACCAAGGAGAUUUUCACUGACUAGAAAGAAUAGUUCAGAGGCCCAAAAGAGUCCUAGCAUCAAAGAACCCAUUAUUCAUAUCCCUAAAUCUGGAAAUCUUGGGUAUAAAACAACAGGCUCCAUCAGUAUGGGAGUUCCCUGCGAAAAAUUUCAUCAUGCAUCCCUAAAAGUGGAGCAGCCUUCUUGCCAAAUAUCUUCUGCCUCCAUGGUUAGAAGUCUUUCAAUGCCAUCUGCAUCAAGUUCAUUAGACACUUCAAGUACUGUUCCCUGUAAAUUUCGUCAAACUCAGUCCUUUGAUGAAAAACCUUCUGAAACUCAAACGCCGCGCCGUUUUGGAACACUAAGAAGGCAACCAGCCAUCGAAAUCCCUAUAGGUUCUGAGCCUACGAAACAAGAACAAGAGAUAUCGCAUACAUUUUCCUGCAACAGUGUAACCACAGUAUCUGGUCAGAGGCAACGUCAACCACAGCCAUAUGAAUGUGAGGCCUGUGGCACUGGUUGCAAGGAUUGGGAAGGAUAUAAGAAACACAAGCAAAACCUAUGCCAUGCACAUUAUCCGCAAAAUGAAAUGGUAAUGAGUCCAAUGGAGAGCUCACAGCUAAGUAACCAUGUAGUCAGAGCCGGAGUCUCAACAAUGCGUAAGAGAAGAAAAGAGGAUAGUUUUGAUUCUGAUGACCUCUCAUUGUCCCCUUCGGCUCUUUCAUCAGGACGGUGCAAAGAUGAGGUUAUUGUAGCUGUUGAGGGCCCUAGACGGCCAGCACUGCAGACCUGCUCUGUUAUUCAGCACACUAGUUUAUUUGAAAAACAAGAAUCUUCAUGUCAUGAAUAUCAAAGCCUGAAAAUAACAAACAGCUCUCCACCUCAUAAAGAAAAUUGUCCUAUCUCUAAAACCCAACCCCAACAUCAAUCAGUUAAACCUACCAGCCGAAAGCUGGUCCGUCAAAAUAAUGUGCAGGUUCCAGAAAUACUUGUAACAGAAGACUUAAAUAUUUGCCCAGAUAACUCAAAAGAACCAAACUUGGCAGAGAAAAAAUUGGAGAAGCUUGAUGAUUUUCAUUGGCCACAGAGGAGCCCCUCGUUAGCACAGCUUCCCAUUGAAAAGCUUCCCCCAAAGAAGAAGCGCUUGCGUUUAGCUGAGGCUGCCCAGUCCUCAGGUGACUCUAGCUUUGAUUCCAUGUCUCUGCCCCGUAGCCCCAGUCAGGACAGCAGUGCAUCAUACGCGUCCAGCCGCUCUACAUCUUUUGAGGAACCAAGCAGACCAGACAUGGAGGUAAUGACAUCAACAGCGCUGAGGAGAUCAAGAGCCCCUCACAUGUUGACUGUGCCUGGGGUUCAUCAUCAAAGAGAGAUGAGGCGCUCAGCAUCUGAGCAAGCCCCUCAUGACCCACAACCUGGUGUUGAAAUGGCCGAGACCCGCAGUAAAUCAUUUGACUAUAGUAGUCUUUCGCCUGAACGCUCUGCAGUUGGAUGGAAAGAGAGACGAAGAUGUCUCCUCAUGAGACAUGCAGUAAUCCGAGAUCAAGAUGAUGAGGAAGGGCAUGCUACUGUCCUGAGCCAUAGUCCAGAACAUGUAAGCUCUGACAGAUGUUCUCAAGGAAGUCAGACUACUGUUUAUGGCAGCAGGUCCUCCUCUCCCCCAUUAUCAAGUGUCAGAGUCUUGGGUAUUCCAGAGGGAUCGCAGUGCAAAGAGAUUCUCACCAAGUGGAAACUCAGUCAAAAUAUUCACUUAAAAGGAAGCACAGAACUGUCAAAAAGCUACGAACCUUCAGUAGAUGUGAUAAAGGAGGCUUCUUACAUCCAUCCAGAGCAGGUUCCUCCUCGAGUACCGCAGACUAAUCCUUCAUAUGGACCCUUGGGGGCAGCCCGAGCCCACUAUCUUCCUGUGUCUACUGGGCUGAAACUAGAGAUUCCUCCACAACAUCAAACAUACACCGAGGGGCCUACCAGUAACUCCCACAUUCACCAACGUACCCCUCAUAUCACAUACAAUUUAGAAGAACUGAGGCCAUUUACAUCUCCAGCAGUAGCUGUUCGUCUCCAGACAGACACUCUCACCCCAGCAUGUGCCAUAUACACUACUCUAUCUCAGUCCAUCUCCCAGAGGCCACACAAUGCAUUCAACGGCAUCUCACCUAAAGUAUGUCUUUCAACAGCCGAACUCAGAAACCACCCAAAUACAAGUUUAGACUUGCAAUCAUGGUCUGAGGAUGGCCCAAGGUGUCCAGGAUCCAGUAGCAACAAGCGUAUGCUUUCCCCUUCAAACAGUAUAGAGCUCAUCCCUGAGUCACAACAGCAGCAGAAAAGAAUAAAAGAAGAAGAGGAGAAGGAGGUUGGAUGUGCCAACAUAUCAGCACUUAAUACACCGAGUCAAGAACUCAAACAGGAAACUCUGUCAUGCUUACCAGAUGUUUCUUCUCCAGCCUCAUGUGCUGAACCCUCUUACCCCAGCCUGCUCUCAAGCACUUGCAACAGCUGGUGCUAUUUGAACUACAUAAAGCCAAAUCCAUCGACUCUGGAUGAACAGGAGCCCUCGGUGUAUUCAUCGUGGUCUACCAGUGGCUAUGACCCCAACCCACCUGGGCUCUGUAGCAAGACUGUACUCUCGCUACUGCACUGUAAGCAGAGGCUCACUUCCUCCAUUUAUACUACAUCAUCCAUGACUGUCAGGAUAACCGAAUCCCUGGAGGAUGAGGACUGCAAACGUCUCUGCUCUACUGAGGUCUACAGCACUCCCCUCUACUGCAUAGACCAUGAGCGGAUGGUAAAGGUUCAGCUGCCGACAGAUGACAUUGCGAAUAGAAAAGCCAACGAGCAGAAAGAGAAGAAAAGACGAAAGCAGGAAGUCAGUUUAUGCUUCAGGAACAAACAGCCACUUGAAGUCCGGAUAUCUGAAAGAAGAUCCCAGGCCCAGCCAGGAGUGGUGUGUGGUGAGUGUGACAGGAAGUGCCCGGGUGAGUUCGGGAAUCCCACCGCACUCCCAGAAGAAUCCCAGACGUCUGUGUGCGAGGUGUGCAGCGGCUCGCUAGACGCUCCAGUGGGACUUUGUGAACACCUGACUCCUGGAGCAGAGGGCAGAGGUCACCAGGACGACACACCUGGAGAAUCGAAGGACCAAGCAGCCGAUCCAGACCAACUCAAGGAGUCUGACCGCCAAGACGCUGCUCACGAGGAUGAUGACGGCACACAUGAUGAAGGCAGCGGGUCCACAGUACCUGUUGGUUCACACACUAGUGGGGAAAAAUCUGGAGUGGAGGGCCGGCUGGUGGGGAACACGUGCAGCUCGCCCCCCCCACCUCCCACCAUGAGGAGCUCCGCCAGCACCAGGAGGGCCCUGUUCGCCCGCAGGCGCCUCGGUGCUUCGUCCUCUGGGGCCUCCCACUCUCCACACACCCAGUCUCCAGGUCCAGAAAGGGAGCCGUCUCCACCUCGCAGCGCAUCGCCCGGCCCACACCCGUCUCCUGCGCCAACCUCGUCCCUGUCUCCGUCCUCUCGUCCCGUCUCCUCAGUUCUGAAGACAGCAGCAUCUCCAGUCAGGGGCCCAGACGAGGGGUCCCACUCCGCCGGGUUUCCUGGCUCCCCAGCUGGUGGAUCUGCUCCGUGUCAAACCUGCCUUCCACCGAAGGAGCUACGGCCUGCUGCAGCUCUGUCGGGUGAGGAGAGCAGUCUGGUCCCCAUCAUCAGCCCUCAUCCCGCCCGACCUCGAGGAACCAACCGACUCCUGAGCCACCUCCCGCUUCACUCCCAGCAGCCCGGCAGAACGCCCAGCCUCCUGAUCCCCAUCGGGGGGAUCCACAUGGUCCAGCCCAGGUCCACCCUCCCGCUCUACCGCCUGGUGGCCAGCCCAGCGGCCUCCCGCAUCCCGACCGGAAAGAUGGCUGCCCCACCGUACCAGGAUGCCCACAAAGAGACAGUGGCCAGCAGCGCUCCACAGCGCCCCCGAGCUGCAGAGCAAACACCCGCAGGAGACAAAGACCUCCCCGUCCAGCAGCCCUCCACUUCCAGAAGCGGCACGCAUGUUUACACUGAAGGUCAGAACUCCUCUCAGAAGCAUCUCUGAUAGGAGGAAGAUUCUAUAUAUAUAUAUAUAUAUAUAUAUAUAAAGGGACAGUGCAAAAAGAAGAAGAAAAGAAAAGAAACAGAGUCCAUGUGAGGGUGAAAUAUUCCAAAGCUCAACAAGAUGAAAGCACUUGAGCACCGCUUCUGAAUGACGCUGUUAUGUAAUUAUCUGAAUAAUAUAUCUAAAUAUAUAAAUAAGCACUAUGUUAGAUAUGCAGUACGUUUUGUAAAUCUUUUUUACCCUUUCGUUUGACGUCAUCCGUGUUAAUUUAUUUAUGUGCUAUUAUGCAAAUUCUGUACGUUAUGCAACAGCAGCUGGAAUGAAUUGAGUUUUCCUGUUAGCCCCAUUGAGACAGCUCUAAUUCAACUAUUGCUAUGUUAUUGUACUGUAUUAUCAGAACAGAUAUUUAUUCACUCAGACCAGUAUUUAAAGUGCAAUUUGAUGUCAGGAUUGUGGUUUGAAGCGUCAUUCUUAAAGCUGUGACUUUUCUGAUUUGUCAGAUUUUUUGUUUUGUUGUUGGUGUUGUGGAGUGAGAAGCAGAGCUGGGAUCAGCCUUUCCUGUAGGAAACCAGCUUCAGCCCCAAGUGUAGGAAGAGCACUGAGAGAUGAUCUGAUGGAGAUGUUUCAUGUACUCAGUGACUCUGGUACUGUUGGCUUUCAAUUGUCAUAAACGGAUGUGUGUGUUUUUUUUUUUUGUUUGUUUUUUUGCCUUUUCUAAACGAUACAAUCACUCAUUUUCAUGUUUACCAUUAAACGUCUCAUUUUUACAGAUUUAUAUUAAAACUGUGACACAUG